CAAAUUUGAUGUGUUGAUGCAUAUGACACAAUAAAAGUGCCAUAAUUGCAUUCAACCUACUUUGCCGUUCAUGAUUCCCUUCCCCCUUCCUCCUCCAACUGUCCUCCAACUCUGCCUUCAUAAAUGCUUUUCUUGCACCACUACCGCCUCCACUACCAUUUAAAUAUGCCCUCAUUCCCACACUCAUCUCUCCUCAUCACACACUUUCGAAAACCCCACAAAAAUGAACCCUAAAACCAGUUUUUUUCUCUUGGCUUUCUUGCUGAUCGCAGCCUCACCUUCCUUUGCAACCCGACCCGACUUCACUGCCCAGCUCAAGAAUUCACCCAAAAGCAGCAAACCCAGUAACCAAAAGAACAAAGGUGGAGGAAAUGAUGCUGGGUUCGGCGGUCCCGGAGCCGGGUUUAGCAUUCCGGGGUUUGGUAGUGGAAAUGGUAUUCUAGGUGGCGGGUAUGGAGGCGGGGUUGGAGGCCCGAGUGGAGGUUCCUCUAGAAGUGGUGUUAUAAGGCCUACUGUUGUUUGUAGGGAGAAGGGUCCGUGUUUCAAGAAGAAGCUGAUCUGUCCAGCGAAGUGUUUCACCUCCUAUAGCAGGUCAGGGAAAGGGUACGGAGGCGGUGGUGGAGGUGGUGGUUGCACCGUUGACUGUAAGAAAAAAUGCACCGCUUACUGUUAGAGAGAAAAUGGUGGAGUAUGAGUAACCGGUAAUAGUUUCUACUACUAUUCAUGAUUCGUAGUAACUUUUAUAUUAUAUCUUAUAUUAUUAUAUAUAAUGGUGUCAAGUCCAGGAGUUUUUGAGACUCGGGGGCUUUUCUAUGCUUUUAUAUUUUGUGAUGAAUAAUAACUAUUAUAUAUAUGUCUAAAUAAUGAGAGUAUUAUUAUGCUGUUUGAUCU